AUGGCAAAAAACAUAGAACAAAUUUCUUCAGGAAAAAACAGCUUGUUUGUUAGAUGCUAUCUUCCAGCAGGAAACAACCAAAGAGUUCAACUAAAUAGCGAAGAAAUAAUCUCAUCAUCAAAAUCUGAUAAUAACUUGUUUUGGGAUGAAUCUUUCUCAUUGGAUUGCAUGGGAACUCAAGACUCCAUUAACAUGCUCAAGCAAGGAACAGUCAUUUUAGAGCUCCGGUCAAGAAAAUAUCUGCCAGUUUUUGGGGAAAAUAUUGGUGGAUCACAAGUGUUGGGAAGAGCUGAAAUUCCAUGGAAAAGAGUAUUUGAGUCAACAGAAAUGGAGAUUCAGGAAUGGGCAAUCAUGGCCACUUCUAAGUAUAAUAAGCGUGUGCAUAACGAAGAUGUAAAACCUCCGGUGGCGAAGGGUGUUCGGGUGAACACCCUUGCGCCCCCUAAAUCCGCCCCUGGUGGGUGCAAUAGUAAUAGUAUUUUUAGCGCUGAUGAUUAUGAAAUAUUUGCACUUGGAGUUGCCCUAGAUGCCCUUUAA